CAUCAACCGCUUCAUCAUUAUUCAACACAUCUUCGUCGCUCUAACAUUGUCAAGAGGCUGCUCCAUCAAUUUACGUAGGUACCGCCUACGAAAUUUGCUAUCGACGCCGUCUCCGGCGAGGUCUAGGUGCCAAUUUGUAUUCAGAUAGGAACAAUGGAGAAGGAGCUGACUGAGCUUUUCGAGUCGGUGAAGAAAGCUGCGGAUGGGGCUGAGAACUCUCCCGCGGAGGUGGAUCGAUGUGUCGAUGCAUUAAAUCAACUCAAGAAGUUCCCUAUUAAUUAUCAAGUCCUUGUAUCCACGCAGGUGGGUAAACGUCUUCGCAUGUUGACUAGACAUAGAAGCGAUAAGAUCAGAGCGCUGGCUUCUGAUGUGGUUGAGGUUUGGAAAGCCAUAAUUGUCAAAGAAACAGGGAAAAACAAGAAGAAUGGCAAUAGUGAAAAUGGCAAUUCCGUGAAAUCCGAGUCUCAUUCAGAAGCUGAUGAGGCGAAGAAUUUCCAGAGGACAAACUCAAUGAAAUCUGAAAACUCUCCAGCGCCUAAGAAAUUGAUGGUGGACAAUUAUGAUAAGUCCGUGAAGGCGGGAAGUUCCUCCAGCGCUAAAAUUGAGAAAGUCGAAGUCCAGAAAUCCAGUUCUUCAGUGCAAAAACCACCACCAAAACUGUCGUCUCCUGUAUCCUGCAAAGACCCAAUGAGGGACAAACUCCGGGAAAUUCUCGCGGAAGCGCUGUGCAAAGUAUAUGGUGAGGCUGAUGCGGAUUUGAAACAAAGCAUUGAUCAACACGACCCAAACCGAGUUGCUGUUCAAGUGGAGACUGCCAUGUUUGUGAAUUGGGGCAAGUCCAACGGCCCGCACAGGUUCAAGUACAGGUCGGUGAUGUUCAACAUCAAGGAUCCAAACAACCCGGAUUUCCGGAGGAAAGUCCUGACUGGGGAGUUCUCGCCACCAGAGAUUCUAGAACUGACGCCUGAGCAAAUGGCUAGCGAUGCAAGGCAGAUGGAGAACGAAGUGAUAAAGCAGAAGGCGAUGUUCAACAGUGAACGAGCAGCUGCACCGAAAGCUAGCACAAACGAGUUCAGAUGCGGGCGGUGCAAGAAGAAGGAAUGCACUUACUAUCAGAUGCAGACGAGGAGUGCGGAUGAGCCCAUGACUACGUUUGUCACCUGUGUAAACUGCAACAACCACUGGAAGUUCUGCUGAUUUGAUCUUUAAUUGUUUUAUUUCUUAGGUUUUUGUUAUUUUAGAAUAGAGCUCAUUUGUUUGUAGGAGACGGUGUUAUUAUUAGGAUGUAGCAUAAUGUUUACAUUUGCAUAAUUUAGUCAGGAUUCUGAAUUUCUUUUCUCUGUGUAAUGCAGUGCUAUUAUUAUUCAGUGCA